UUCCUUAGUUGAAUCCUUACCAACCUGGCAAGCCAAAGAAACACAGACCAGUAUUUCUCCAACCACCGAAAACCCCUAAAUCUCUUCCCAACUAAAUAAGUAACUAGUAUAAGACCUCACUCUUAGCUAAGUCUUGAAAGCAUUGCAAUACUCCAUCAGUACUAGUUAGCUAGCUUCUCUCAAUAGCCAUGGGGGCCGUAGUAGACGAUACUCCACUUCUGGUAAGUAACCACAGCGGUCAUGAAGACGAAAAGGAACUCGGGUUUAUUCCCAAGUUUCGGAUAGAGUCGCAGAAGCUAUGGAAGAUUGCUGGCCCUGCAAUCUUUACCGCCUUAUGUCAGUACUCGUUGGGUGCUCUGACUCAGACCUUCACCGGGUUCGUUGGGGAGCUCGAGCUCGCUGCCGUCUCCGUCGAGAACUCCGUCGUCGCUGGCCUUGCCUUCGGUGUCAUGUUGGGAAUGGGGAGUGCAUUGGAGACGCUAUGUGGGCAAGCAUACGGUGCGGGACAAAUCAGAAUGUUGGGGGUGUACAUGCAGAGAUCAUGGAUUAUUUUGCUGACCACAUCUCUAUUCUUGGUUCCGAUAUAUGUUUGGUCUCCUCCCAUUCUUGAGCUCAUUGGUGAGACCGAUGAGAUAUCUGAGGCCGCCGGAAAGUUCGCUAUAUGGAUGAUUCCACAAUUGUUCGCCUACGCGCUCAAUUUUCCCAUACAGAAAUUCUUACAAGCACAGAGGAAAGUGUUUGUGAUGGCCUAUAUAUCAGCUGCUGUGCUAGUUUUGCACACCUUCUUCAGCUGGUUGCUAAUUUUGAAGCUCGGGUGGGGAUUGACUGGAGCCGCAAUCACACUCAACACCUCAUGGUGGCUCAUUGUCAUUGCCCAAUUGUUGUACAUCUUCAUUACUAAGUCAGAUGGUGCCUGGAGUGGCUUCUCCAUGCUCGCUUUUGCCGACCUAUGGGGCUUCGUUAAGCUUUCUCUAGCUUCUGCUGUGAUGUUGUGUUUGGAAUUCUGGUACCUGAUGGUGCUUGUGGUUAUAACUGGUCGGUUGGCAGACCCUUUGAUCCCGGUUGAUGCCAUCUCUAUUUGCAUGAACAUACAAGGAUGGGAUGCCAUGAUUGCACUUGGGUUUAAUGCUGCAAUCAGUGUGAGGGUGUCAAAUGAACUUGGAGCUGGAAAUGCCAAGAUAGCAAAAUUUGCGGUGAUAGUGGUUUCGAUCACUUCUGUGUCUAUAGGAGUUGUUUGCAUGGCCAUAGUUCUUGGAACAAGGGAUUACUUCCCUUACCUAUUCACCAGCAGUGAGGCUGUUGCUGAGGAAACUACCCAACUUGCAACCUUGCUUGGCAUCACUGUGCUUCUUAACAGUCUUCAACCAGUCUUAUCUGGUGUUGCUGUUGGAGCUGGAUGGCAAUCUGUUGUCGCGUACAUCAACAUUGGGUGUUACUAUAUUGUUGGAUUGCCAGCUGGAAUACUUCUGGGAUUCACAUUUGCUUUUGGUGUUGAGGGUAUUUGGUCAGGAAUGAUCGGUGGCAUUUGCUUGCAAACCAUAAUCUUGAUAGUUGUCACUUCCUUAACCAACUGGAACACAGAGGCUGAACAAGCCGAGAGCCGUGUCCUCAAGUGGGGAGGAGGAAGAAAUGGAGAGCACUAAAUCGAAGUCUAACAUCUGGAUUAAUCAUCGAUGCAUCAUUGUGCUGCCGAUACAAAUUUUGAUGCUUAAACUCCUUUGUAGUGGAGUGGAUUGGACAAUACUAUUAGUAUGGUACAACUUAAAUUUGCCAGUGUCCGCUGAUCAUGUCCGAAACUAAAUUGAUCAGUAAAGAACUUGAGCGGGUAGUAGUGACACUUCGAUUUUGUUGUAUUUAGGAAAGGAAUGGUUUGGUGAUUUAAUUUUUGUACUAAGAAGAAGUGGAUUUCCUAGUUCAGCAGCAUUUCUGUAAGAUAAUGCAGUUGCCAUCAGUAACUUGAAAUGCUAUUUUUUGCACAUCAA